UCUCUCAUAAUUCAACCCUCUCAUAUGCUUAUAACAAGGUAUUAUUGUCUAUGUGCUGUCAUUCUCACACUGUACCACUCUUUUCUUCGGCCUCCCAAUUCCACUGUGCCUCCACUCUCACACAAACUAACACACACACACGAACACACACACACUUAUAAGCUGCUGCAUCAUAUCCGUAGCCUUGUCCCUCUCACUCAUCAGACUCACCCCUAGGUGAAAAUAAAUAACUUUAGUACUGGCUGCUAGUAAGUAUCUUGAUUAGUAACACUCACAUGCUUAUGUUAUGUCUUCCUUUACUUGCAGGGUAACAGCCAAAACCAAAAAGAAAAUGAGAGGUUCUUUCUUUUUCAUUAGGGAUAUAGAUGCAGCAAAGAUGUCGUUCUCAGCCAUUCAAACUCCCAACCAAUAACCAGUUCCAUCCUGAAGGGUAGGGUUAUUAUUUUGGUGCAGUCUCCAGCUAAAUAUUAAUUCCAGAUAUGUAUUCUUCAAAUACCUCCCUCAACGGCAAUGACCUACUCUCGUACCCUAGCCAACCAUUUUGCUUUAGGCCUUUUUCCUUUGAAAGCAACCCAACCAAUUCUUCAAAAGAUCAAUCCAAUUCCAAUUACGCCCUUCCUCCUCCUCUUCCUCCUCCUUUGUCCUUUCUUCAAUCCUUUGACGAAAAUAUCUUUCUCGAACAUCACCAUGACUUUCUCUUACUUCACCCCUCUCUAGCCGACCCCGGAUUCUCAAAAAACCUUCACGUUGCUCCCGAAAUCCCCGCAACUCCCUCCUUCGGACAAGGUGGCGCCGCCCCUAUGGACCACACUACAAGAAAGAGGUCCUGCAAGAGAGAUCGCCACAGCAAAAUCAACACCGCACGAGGCCUCAGAGACCGAAGAAUGAGGCUGUCCCUCGAAGUUGCAAAGAGGUUCUUCGGGUUGCAAGACAUGCUAGGCUUUGACAAGGCCAGCAAAACCGUCGAGUGGCUACUAAACCAAGCAAAAGUCGAAAUCAAACAACUUGCUAGGGAAAAAAACAGUGUUGGUGGUGCCAAGAGUGCAUCAUCGACUUCUGAAUGCGAAGGGGUGUCUAGCUUGGACGAGGUUGUCGUGAGUGGAGUUAACGAGGAGCAAGAGAGGCAGACACCCAACAUGAAGAGAAGAACAAGUAAGGUUUGUAGAAAGAGUGCAUUCAAUACCAUCGAUAAGGAAUCGAGGGAAAAGGCAAGAGAAAGGGCGAGAGAAAGAACAAUAGAGAAGAUGAGGACUCGAAGAGUACUUGCUGCAGAUGCUUCAAACCUUAACCGUUUGAGUUCUUGGAACCCCUUUGAAACGGUUGAAGACUCUGCGGGUACUCAGAGCCAAAGCGUGAACCACCCCUCCUUGGAUGCACACCUUCCCGAGGCCGAAGAACCAACUUCUCACGCUAAGGAACAUUUGGAGGACAUAGCGCGCCAUGAAGACAAUUCUUUGGUGAUCAUGAACAAGUGGAGCCCAACCAUGAUAUUCAAUUCUCUAAACAACUCAGCAAUCCUUCACGAACAUCAAUUUGCAGAAUUUCAGUCCUUGGGAAAACCUUGGGAAACCUACAACGAUCACAUCUAGUAUUUGCGCUCAACUUGGAUUGCACCCAUCAUGUGUUUGUGUCAGCAGAAUAAAAUACAAUCAUGCUAUGUAUUUCUUUACUUUCCUUUUGGCAUGUAAUGUGGUAAGGUAUCUUCCCAUCAACUACCAUAUGGGAAAAAUAUUUCGUGAAUUCUAAUUUGUAUGUUAUCUCUAUAUAUUAAAUUUUACUUCUUUCUUUUACCUCCA